AGAAAUGCCCAUUUCCUCUCGACGGGUGCUGUGGUGGGCGGCUCUCCUCCUCGCUCCGCUCGCCGCUUUGCUCUUCCGCUUCCAGUUCCCGAUCCAACUCCUCAAGCCUCGCACCGCGGAGCCAAAGGCCGCCAUGGACGCCAGCUCCGAGAUCGAGUACGACAUGCCCGGCGUCCUGCGCUGGCACAAGAACGGCCGCGUCGAGCGCUUCGACGGCACCGAGACCGUGCCGCCCUCCCCCUCCGGGGACCCGACCAACGGCGUCGCCUCCAAGGACGUCGUCCUCGACCCGGCGGCCAACCUCUCCGCCCGCCUCUACCUACCCCCCGCCGCCGAGAAGAGGCUCCCCGUCGUCGUCUUCUUCCACGGCGGCGCGUUCUUCGUCCACACCGCCGCGUCCCCGCUCUACCACAGGUACGCCGCCACCCUCGCCGCCGCGGCCCCCGCCGUGGUCGUCUCCGUCGACUACCGCCUCGCGCCGGAGCACCCCAUCCCGGCCGCCUACGACGACGCCUUCGCGGCCCUCAGGGCGGUCGUCGCCGCGUGCCGCCCGGGCGGCCCCGAGCCCUGGCUCGCCGCGCACGGCGACGCGGCCCGCGUCGUGCUCGCCGGCGACAGCGCCGGCGCCAACAUGGCGCACAACACGGCGAUGCGGCUGCGGAAGGAGCGCGUCGACGGGCUCGGCGACAAGGUCAGCGGCGUCGCGCUCCUGCACCCGUACUUCUGGGGCAAGGAGCCUCUGGGCGGGGAGCCGACGGACGCCGCCGUCCGCGGCGGAUUCGAGCGCGCGUGGCAGGUCGCCUGCGGCGGCGAGCUCGGCCCCGACCACCCGUACAUCAACCCGAUGGCGUCGCCGGAGGAGUGGAGGCAGCUAGGGUGCGGCCGCGUGCUGGUCACCACGGCGGAGCUCUGCUGGUUCGUGGAGAGGGCGCGCGCCUACGCGGAGGGGAUCAAGGCGUGCGGCUGGGACGGCGAGCUCCAGGUCUACGACACCAUGGGCGAGGGCCAUGUCUACUUCUUGCCCAAGUACGACUCCGACCUCGCCGCCAAGGAGCUCGCCGUCGUCGCGGACUUCGUCAGGCGCUGUUGAGGUUUUUUUUUAUUUGGGUGAUUGAUUGAUUCAGUAAUAAAGGAGCACGUAAUCUGUGAUC